UGAUGUUUGGUGGUCGGUAUCUGAUCUUGUUGAUGGGUCUAUUCUCUAUCUACACCGGAGCCGUCUACAACGAGUGUUUCAGUAAAGGCCUCAGCCCCUUCCCGUCGGGAUGGCACCUACAACCUAUGUUCGAGCACUACAACUGGACUGAUGAGACUCUGAGGGAGAACCAGUAUCUUACUCUGGACCCGAACGUGACCGGAGUGUUCCAGGGACCCUAUCCGUUUGGCAUCGACCCGAUCUGGCGGCUGGCCAACAACCACCUGACGUUCCUGAACUCGUACAAGAUGAAGAUGUCCGUCAUCAUCGGGGUCGUCCACAUGACUUUCGGAGUCUGCCUGUCCUUUUUCAACUACAUUCACUUGAACCAGCUGAGCAGUGUGUUCCUGGUACUGAUCCCAGAGCUGUUGUUCAUGCAGUGUCUGUUUGGCUACCUGGUCUUCAUGGUGUUGUUGAAGUGGGUGGCGUUCUGCCCCCAGGACUCCAACCGGGCCCCCAGCAUCCUCAUACACUUCAUAGAUAUGUUCCUGUUCACUGAGAAUGAGGAUAAUCCGCCCCUCUACCACGGACAGAUGAUAGUCCAGAGGGUCCUGGUGGUGGUCGCUCUGGCGUCAGUGCCUGUCCUGUUACUAGGGAAACCACUCUAUCUCUACUACAACCACAGGAGACGAGCCAACACAAGAGGGGGAGAAGAGCGCCCCCUUGUGACAGACACCAGCUCCAUCAACGCGUUACAAGGAGACCUGGAGGAAGGAGGAACCAGAGAGGAGGAGGAGUUUGAUACAGCGGAUGUGUUCAUGCACCAGGCCAUCCACACUAUAGAGUACUGUCUGGGCUGCAUCUCCAACACAGCUUCCUAUCUACGACUGUGGGCCCUCAGCCUCGCACAUGCACAGCUGUCAGAGGUGCUAUGGGUGAUGGUGAUGCGUAUCAGCCUGUCGUGGCAGGGCUACGUGGGAUCUGUAGUUCUAGCCGUCAUCUUUUCCUUCUUCGCCACACUCACCGUCUCCAUCCUGCUCGUCAUGGAGGGGCUGUCCGCGUUCCUGCACGCGCUCAGAUUGCACUGGGUGGAGUUCCAGAAUAAGUUCUACAGUGGAACGGGAUACAAGCUCAACCCUUUCUCCUUCUCCUCCAUCCUGAACCCUGUAUAGGCUUUCAACACAGGACAUUGUUACAGAGGAAUUGCAGUACCUACACAGAUAUAGCCCAAUAAUAAGCUUGCAUUGUUCUAUAUACCGCUCUCAACACAGGACGUUAUGUUACAUAUGAAAUACUGACAGAUGUAGGGUGUUUGGGAUGGCAACCUAUUCCUUAUAUAGUGCACAACUUUUGACAAGAGCCCUAUGAACCCUGGUCAAAGGUCGUGCACUAUAUAGGUUUUAGGGUUCCAUUUCAGAGACAUCCAUAGCCUAAUAAGCGAAUGUUUGAUACUAACAAUUUUUGACUUGAAUUUUCAUCUUGCAGAUGGUAUCCUUCUUAAAAAAGGAGAGGAACUUGUGAAUAUAGUUAGCGGUUUGACUUGCAUCUUCUCUUUAAUGAUGAGCCUACAACAAAGAUGGCUACUGUAGGAGUGCACUACGUUUCCCAGGGACAACUGGGGCACCAUUUUGUGCAUGGGAGCUUUCUAUGUUAUUACAACUUAUAAAUGAAUGCCAUUAAAGGAUUGUUUUAUAAUCCCUAAAA